AGGAGGAAGAAGAGGACGGGGGGAGGAGGAAGGACGGCGCACCCACUGUGCCAGAGCAAGGAUCCCGGAUUAGAGGAGAAAGAGCGCAGAGCGGACCGCUUCAAAGCUCCAAAUAAUAGCGAUGAAUUAUUAAGGAAGAUUAGGAUUAUCAGAUCAACCCGGGAACAACUUUUUUUUUUUUUUUCUUGCUCAGAAUUCACAUUAGGAACAUAAAUGCAAUCAUGGAAAGCAGCUUGGUGUCCGGUGCCACGGAGAAUUAGGGCCACCAUGAAAAGAGAGGGGGGGGGGGAAAUAACAAGAACAGAGGAAAUCUAGUUGUUGCUACUUUACCACAAUUAAGUAUGUUUGGAGAGAGGAAAAAAGAUGGAAUUUUACACAAAUAAAGAUGUGAUUUUGAUGAAAAUAAUUUUUUUUCUUACAUUUUUUAGGGAAAAAGGUUAUCUGCAGUGGUAAUUUAAUUUUAAAGUUGCUGUUAUAGGGGGAAAAUGAAUUGUUUUAAUUCAAUUUUUUAUGGUAAAUGUUUUAUUAUUUUUUUAUAAAUGUAUGAAAAAAAUAAUAUAAUUUUACUGGAAAAGUUUUUUGGGGGAAAAAGAUGUAAUUUUAACAAAAAACAUCCACUUUCUUUUACAAAUGUAUUGUAGUCAGGAAAAAUCUUGUAUUUUUUAGGAUACAAAAUAUGUAUUUUAAUGGAAUAUUUUUAAUUUGUGCUGGGAAAAAGUUGUCAUUUCAUAAUGAAAAAAAGCCACAUUCAAUAUGUUGGGGAAAAAAAAUUUUUUUUGGGGGAAAAAAAAAGUAAUUGUUAUGAAUAAAAAUCUGAUGUCAUAAUUUUUCAAGAAAAAAGUCGUAACUUUUAAAAGAAGGAAAAAAAAAGUCCUCAUUUUUAACUGAGAAAAAAAAGUCAUGAGAAUGAAGUCAUAAUACUUUAAUAACAGAUGUAGUUUAUGGGAAAAAUAUAAAAUGUUUCAAAAGAGAAACUAGUACAAUUUUUUUUUUUACUUUUAAGAGACUAAAGUUGUCAUCUUACAGUAAUAAAAAUAUAAUGUAUGUAUUUUGUGUCACUUUCUGCUUGUCCCAUCAGGGGCCACCACAGCGAGUCACUCACUUGAAAUUUAAUUUGCACCUUUUCUCAUGCUUUCUAAUGACCAUUCUGACGCAACUGACCUUUAUUUUUCUUUUGUUUUAUCCAGCAUUAGCUUGGGCACCGGCCAGGAAUCCAACACAUGCAUGUCUGCAUGAAAGGCACCAACAUGUACUACUUCCCUACCAGUAUACAUAGGAGAUUUGUAUACUACCCCCAAGAUUUGAUUAAAAUCAGUUAAACACCAAAAGGACCAAAUAUUAUUUCACCCUGAUAAUGUGUUCCUGCUGAUUUGCAUCUCAUUUUCACAUGGAGGAAACACCCACAAGCCUUUCCGCGCCCAUGAGGAAUGCAGGCAGGCUGCAAGUUCAACAAUCUCCAACACUGAAGAGUUUGCUCAGCUCAGCACGUCGGUCCACACAGACUCUCCUCUCCUCUCAGCAAACUUCACUUGCUUUUUUUUUUUUUUUUUUUCUAAAAAAAAAAAGGAACAUCCAUGUUGUUGUGUUCCAGCACCUUUUUCACCUGGAAGGAAGAAGCAAACACGGACCUUGUGGGGGGGAAAAAAAGUAGAAAGGAGUUGAUCAAAAAAAGUGGAUCAAGUUGCUUCUGGACACAGAAUGGACCCGGCUUUACUUUUCAUCAUUUCCUCCUGUUUAGGUUUGUCGGCAUGUUUCUCUGUGGAGGAGCGGUCCCGUCACCUCUCCUUGGAGAAAACCUACGGCCGCUCGGUCAAGGAUUCCCACAUGUGCCACCACAUGUUGAAGCACCUUCACGACGGGGCCCGCAUCACCGUGCAGAUGCCCCCAAACGUGGAGGGUCACUGGGUGUCCACCAGCUGCGAGGUGAGACCCGGUCCGGAGUUCCUGACGCGCUCCUAUCGCUUCCAUGCCAACAACACCUUCCAGGCCCACCAGUUCUACUAUGAGGACAACCACUGCACAAGGCCCACCUACACCCUGUCGGUCCGGGGGCGCUUGCGCCUACGCCAGGCCUCCUGGAUCAUUCGGGGCGGCACCGAGGCCGAGUACCACCUCCACCGGGUCCAGAUCACGUGUCACGGGGCCGGCGUGGCCGAAGAGCUGAGCCAGAGGCUGAACCGGAGCUGCAAGGGAGCCGUCAGGGGCCCCUGGGAACCCGACGUCCCCUACGAGCUGUGGAGCGAGGAGGGAGGCUACAACUGCUCCAGGGAGCUCAACUUCGCCAUGCACGAGCUGCAGCUGCUGCGGGUAGAGAAGCAAUACACGCACCACAACCCGGACCACCUGGUAGAGGAGCUCUUCCUCGGGGACGUCCACACGGACCCCGCGCAGAGGCUCUACUACAAGCCCUCCAGCUACCAGACGCCCCUGCAGAACGCUAAGAACCACGCGCACGGCUGCAUCGCCUGCCGCAUCAUCUACCGCUCGGACGAGUUUCACCCGCCCAUCCUUCCGCCGCGUGCCGACCUGUCGGUGGGCCUGUACGGCCAGUGGGCGAGCCAGCGGUGCGAGGUGCGCCCGGAGGUGCUCUUCCUCACCCGCCACUUCCUGUUCCACAACAACAACCACACGUGGGAGGGUUACUACUACCAUUUCUCCGACCCAGUGUGCAAGCAUCCCACCUUCACCAUCUACGCCCGUGGACGCUACUCGCGCGGCCUGCACUCCACGCGUGUCAUGGGCGGCACCGACUUCGUCUUCAAAGUGAACCACAUGAGAGUGACACCAAUGGACUUCGCCACCACCUCGCUGCUCAACGUGUUCAGCGGCGACGAGUGCGGCGCUGAGCGCUCCUGGCAGCUGGGCGUGGAGCAGGACGUUACGGCCACCAAUGGCUGCGUGGCCCUGGGCAUCCGCCUGCCGCACACCGAGUACGAGCUCUUCCGCAUGGAGCGCGACGCCAACGGCCGCUACCUGCUCUACAACGGCCAGCGGCCCAGCGACGGCUCCAGCCCGGACCACCCGGACAAGCGGGCCACGUCCUACCAGCUGCCCCUGGUGCGCUGCUCGGCCAGCAGCCAGGCGGCGGGACGCGACCAGGCCGGGGAUGACACGGCCCUGCGGCUCAGUAAUAGUGGCGGGGGACGCCAUAGAGCCGGUGUCACGGCGGUGCUUGUUGCGCCUGUGUUAAAAACACUGCUGUUGCGUUAGGCCCAUAAUGGAGACUUGAGAAAUGCUACAAAGGUUGCCUUAGGAGGUCAUUACUUGACCCCAAAUGGUACAAUAGUGUAGAUUGUACCUUACGGGCCACAAAAUGGACUUAAGUGGACGUACAUUGCUGGAGGGAAAAGGAGCCAUGGGCCAAAGUCUUGUCCCGUAGAAAAAAACUGCACUUUAGGUGGAACUACCCAAAGAUGGACUCCGAUGUUUAAAUGAUGUGAUACGUACACAUUUUUUUUUUCUUUUAAGAUAAGAGGCAGGGAGCCAUAACUCACAAAACGUUUGGGAUAUUGGGUGAAGUUUCAGGAUGAACUUAAAUACACUAUAACCUUUACAGGUGAACCUAAUAUUUGACCUUUUAUUGUGGCCAGUCCCCGUGUGGAAUGAGGCAAUGUCAGGACAUUGUGGCAAGUAGACUAUAAGUGAUGGCACAAACCAAUGAGAGGCCCUUUCUAGUUUGACAUAGAUUGCUUCUUUCACACCACUUCAAACCUUCAAACCAGCAGGCCUCCAAAUUCAGAACUUGUUAUCCUCAAAGGAGGCCCUUAUUUUUGAGAUGCAAAUUAACUGCUGACUCUGGACCCAUAGAAACUGCUCUACUAUGUUGUGCCAUGCGUUUGUGGAAGGGUUGCUUAGUCUCUCCAAUGUAAAGGUCAUUGCACUCCUCACUACAUAAACAAGUUUGCUGAGUUUUCUUCUUGGGAUUUUGACCUUUGGGUGAAGCAACCUUUGUACAAGGGUGUUAAUGGAUUUGAAAUGCAUAGCUUGGUUGGGAGAAAAUCAGCGAGUCGUUUUACCACUAAGCAGGUGAACAAUCAGUUGGUAUGCAGGACGGGCAUUCCCCAGCCACGUCUGGCAACAACAGCAACCCAAUUGUGACCAAGCCCAGUGGACACAUCCACCAGAGACAAAUAGGGAGACUCGACACUUAAAAAUUAUUAACUGAAGAAGCCUUUUUCUGAUUUAACACGAAACGUAUUCAACAAACAAGAGGAGUCCAGGUGCCUCAAUUUAACCUUUUCGGAGUACCAUGACCUGAAUGACUGGAAAAUCUACAGACAACUUGACCUUUCCUGACGUUUUGAAUGCACAACCCCUAUUCCAAUGAAAUUGGGACGUUGUGUUAAACAUAAAUAAAAACAGAAUACAAUGAUUUGCAAAUCAUGUUCGACCUAUAUUUAAUUGAAUACACUACAAAGACAAGAUAUUCAAUGUUCAAACAGACAAACUUUAUUGUUUUUAGCAAAUAAUCAUUAACUUAGAAUUUUAUGGCUGCAACACAUUCCAAAUAAGCUGGGACAGUUGGCAAAAAAGACUGAGAAAGUUGAGGAAUGCUCAUCAAACACCUGUUUGGAACAUCCCACAGGUGAACAGGCUAAUUGGGAACAGGCGGGUGCCAUGACUGGAUAUAAAAGGAGCUUCCCUGAAUUGUUCAGUCAUUCACGAGCAAAGAUGGGGCGAGGUGCACCUCUUUGUGAACAAGUGCGUGAGAAAAUAGUCGAACAGUUUAAGGACAAUGUUCCUCAACGUACAAUUGCAAGGACUUUAGGGAUUUAAUCAUCUACGGUCCAUAAUAUCAUCAAAAGGUUCAGAGAAUCUGGAGAAAUCACUGCAUGUAAGCGGCAAGACCGAAAACCAACAUUGAAUGCCCGUGACCUUCGAUCCCUCAGGCGGCACUGCAUCAAAAACCGACAUCAAUGUGGAAAGGAUAUCACCACGUGGGCUCAGGAACACUUCAGAAAACCAAUGUCAGUAAAUACAAUUCGGCGCUACAUCCGUAAGUGCAACUUGAAACUCUACAAUGCAAAGCAAAACCCAUUUAUCAACAACACCCAGAAACGCCGUCGGCUUUUCUGGGCUCGAGCUCUUCUAAGACGGACUGAUGCAAAGUGGAAAAGUGUUCUGAGGUCCGACGAGUCCACAUUUUAAAUGGUUUUUGGAAAUUGCGGACCAAAGAGGAAAAGAACCAUCCGGACUGUUAUGGACGCAAAGUUCAAAAGCCAGCAUCUGUGAUGGUAUGGGGCUGUGUUAGUACCAAUGGCAUGGGUAACUUACACAUCUGUGAAGGCACCAUUAAUGCUGAAAGGUACAUUCUUCUUAUUUCAGCAAGACAAUGCCAAACCACAUUCUGCACGUGUUACAACAGCGUGGCUUCGUAGUAAAAGAGUGCGGGUACUAGACUGGCCUGCCUGCUGUCCAGACCCGUCUCCCAUUGAAAAUGUGUGGCGCAUUAUGAAGCGUAAAAUACGACACCGGCGACCCCGGACUGUUGAACAGCUGAAGCUUUACAUCAAGCAAGAAUGGGAAAGAAUUCCACCUAAAAAGCUUCAACAAUUAGUGACCUCAGUUCCCAAACGUUUAUUGAAUGUGUUUAAAAGAAAAGGUGAUGUAACACAGUGGUAAACAUGGCCCUGUCCCAGCUUUUUUGGAACGUGUUGCACCCCAGAAAUUCUAAGUUAAUGAUUAUUUGCUAAAAAUUAAAUUGUCUUUGUAGUGUAUUCAAUUUAGUAUAGGUUGAACAUGAUUUGCAAAUCAUUGUAUUCAGUUUUGAUUUAUGUUUAACACAACGUCCCAACUUCAUUGUACGUGUUCAACUUUUCAGUACUUUUUGUAUAACUUGCUGUUCUCCAACAAGUACACGUGCUUAAAAGGACGUCCACUUCUAUGCCUUUCUGUUCUUCUUUCAGUGGUCACUUCCACCUGACAACAUCCUGUUUCAAGCCUCGCAAUAUUGAGUUACUGUUGAUCAACUGUUAAGUGUCAAAAUGUGGACAUCAUGACCAAAAAGACCGUUUAAAUACCAAUUCUAAUUGAACAUGGAAAUCCAAUGGUCGAUUCAUGGAUCAAACACCUGCUGUGAGGUCUGUUUUGACGUAAGUUCACCUGUAAAGGUUCUAGUCCAUCUCAGGUUCAUCAAGAAAUUUCAGCCAAAAACUAAAUAGCCCUCUUUUUUUUGUGUGUACAAGGAGUAUGUGUGGAAUUUUUCUGAAAAUUGUUUUUUAGAAUUGGGCAGCCCGGUGAAAAGGUGGGGAUGUGAGGAUGUACAGUUUGGAGGUUCGGAGUUCAAAUCUCAGCUGUAUGGAUAUAUAUAUAUUUUUUAUAACUACAUGGUGGGCCGGAUCCAAUGCUCAAGAGGGCCAUAUAUGGUCCAUGUAAGAGAUGUCGAUUUUGUUUUUUUUUUUAAUUGUAAAGAAACACAAAAGUCAUGUUUUGUCAUAUGAAAUUGACUACAAUUGCACUUACUGUAACAUGUAUGUUUUCAAGACAGCAGGGUCAAUAAAUACUGUAAUGAAA